CUGAAACACACACACACACACAGAGGGGGUUCUGUAAGGCAAGCACUAAGUGCUAUUUUAAUCACAGCACACACACGCACACACUCACACGCUAGACACACUACACACACACACUUUUGGCGUUUCUGCGUUGGGACGGAAUUUAUUUUGCAGCACACACACACACACACACACACACACUCUCUCCUUCACCCCCAUUCACUUAAGCGCAGCGCAUACAAUAAAAACCGUGUGUGUGUGUGUAAGACAGAGUGUGUGUGUGUGUGUGUAAGACAGAGAGAGUGUGUGUGUGUAAGACAGAGUGUGUGUGUGUGUGUGUAAGACAGAGAGAGAGUGUGUGUGUGUGUAAGACAGAGAGAGUGUGUGUGUGAGACAGAGUGUGUGUGUGUGUGUGUGUGUGUGUGUGUUGGGGGUUUGGGGAGGGGGUAGUUUGGCUCCGGAGAUCAGAAAGCUUUAUCCCGGACCUUUUCCCCUCCUCCGUGUGGAUUUAACACACACACACUCACACACUCUCUCACACACACACACACACACACUCUCUCACACACACACACACACACACAGUUUGGAUAUUCGACUCGGAGCUCCGCUGCUCAUUCAUGCUGCUGAGGUAACACCCCCGGGUGUGCAUUCAGCAGAGGGAGAUGUGGUGUGUAAUGUUUCCCAACCUGCUGCUGCUGCUGCUGUUGGUGCGAACCCACGCCGUCAGUUUCCCCGAGGACACCGCACCUCUGGACAUCGUGGACAGACAUUAUUCCCGACAGUAUCCGGUUUUCCGAGGUCGGCCGUCCGGAAAUGAAUCCCAACAUCGGCUGGACUUUCAGCUGAUGACCAGGAUCCAGGACACGCUGUUCAUCGCCGGCAGGGACCAGGUGUACUUGGUGAGUCUGAGGGAGUCGUACAGGAAUGACAUCACUCCCUACAGGAAGUUGACGUGGAGGUCGAGUCAGGCGGACCGAGAGACGUGUGCGCUGAAGGGCAAACACAGGGAUGAGUGCCAUAACUUCAUUAAAGUUUUGGUUCCCAGAAAUGAUGAUCUCGUCUUCAUCUGCGGCACUAAUGGCUUCAACCCUAUGUGCCGUUACUACAGGCUGGAUAAUCUGGAGUUUGAUGGAGAGGAGAUCAGCGGUUUGGCUCGGUGUCCAUUUGACGCUAAACAGACCAACGUAGCGCUCUUCUCUGAUGGGAAGCUGUACUCAGCUACAGUAGCUGAUUUCCUGGCGAGUGAUGCAGUGAUUUAUCGCAGUAUGGGAGACGGAUCGGCUCUGAGGACCAUCAAAUACGACUCCAAAUGGCUGAAGGAGCCUCACUUCCUGCACGCAGUGGAUUAUGGGAACUAUGUGUAUUUUUUCUUCAGAGAGAUUGCAGCGGAACACAACAACCUGGGGAGGGCGGUGUACUCUCGCGUGGCCCGGGUGUGUAAGAACGAUGUGGGCGGAUCUCAGCGUGUUCUGGAGAAACACUGGACGUCGUUUGUGAAGGCGAGACUGAACUGCUCCGUCCCCGGAGAAUCCUUCUUCUACUUCGACGUCCUGCAGUCGCUCACUGACAUCAUCAACAUCAGCGGGGUUCCGUCUGUGGUGGGCGUGUUCACGACUCAGCUCAACAGUAUUCCAGGCUCGGCUGUGUGUGCCUUCUCCAUGCCGGAUAUAGAGAAGGUGUUUGAGGGACGCUUUAAGGAGCAGAAGACUCCGGACUCGGUGUGGACUCCUGUUCCAGACGACAGACUGCCCCGACCGCGGCCGGGAUGCUGUGCUGGUCACGGAUCAGCAGAAUCUUACAAAAGCUCAGUCGAGUUUCCGGAUGAAACGCUGCAGUUUAUAAAGUUACACCCACUGAUGGACGCCGCUGUGCCCUCCAUCCGAGACGAGCCCUGGGUCACCAAGACCAGAGUCAGGUACCGGCUGACGGCUCUGGCGGUGGAUAACGCAGCAGGUCCCUAUAAGAACUACACGGUGGUGUUUAUUGGCUCUGAGGCGGGCGUGGUUCUGAAGGUUCUGGCGAAGACGGCGGUGUUUUCGUUAAACGAGAGCGUGCUGCUGGAGGAGAUCGACGUCUUUAACCAGGCCAAGUGUCUGUCUAACAGUGAGGACGACAGGCGUGUCCUCUCCUUCCACUUGGACAGAGACACACACACACUGUACGUGGCCUUCUCCAGCUGUGUGGUGAGAAUCCCGCUGAGCCGCUGUGAGAGACACCGAACCUGUCACAAGUCAUGUAUUGCGUCCAGAGAUCCGUACUGUGGUUGGAUGUCACAUGGGGCUUGUGAAAGGAUUCCAGCAGGAGUGGACAGUGGGUUUGAGCAGGAUGUGGAGUUCGGGGAUACGGGGCGUCUCGGUGACUGUCACGAGUUUAUGACUACCGCUUCAGCGCCAGGUUUCAAAUCAUAUGGCGACGCAACUUCUGCAGAACAGGAAAAGCCGGCGCUGUCCGUCACGCCGUCCUCCGCUUCAGAACCUAAACAUUCCCCACACACUCCUCCCUCUCUUCCUCCUCAACUCCUCGACACACGGAGAUCCGUUCUCCGCGACGAUUCGGAAACUUCCAGAUCAUUUGAAUCGGUGAUGGAGGGCAUUUGGGAGAUCCAGUCGGCCGACUCCAACCAGCUGGUGCACAUGAACAUCCUGAUCACGUGCGUCUUCGCUGCGUUCCUGUUGGGGGCGUUCAUCGCCGGCGCUGUGGUCUACUGCUACCGAGACGUCUUCCUGCACAAGAAGACGCGCAAAAUCCACAAAGCGGCGCACAGUAAAGACGAGGAGUCGGCACCGUCACGCACUGACUCCACCGGGAGCUUCACCAAGCUGAACGGCCUCUUCGAGAGUCCGGUGAAGGAAUUUCCCAGCGCCAUGGAGGAGGCGAGGAUCUACUUCAGCGGAGACAAAGAUGAAAAGAACCCAGAAUCCAAGACCAUCAUCCUCAGCAGGCAAAACCCGGAGCUGGCGGCGUUGCCCACGCCCGAGUCGACGCCGGUGCUCCACCAAAAGGGGCUGCAGCCGAACAAGAGCCAGUGGGAAAAGGCACAAGGGAAAACGUGUGUGUCUCGGAAAGAGGCUCCGCCCAAAAGCCCACAAAACCCCAGCAUCCCAAGUGCUGUCGUGCUUCCAAACGCAACGCACGAGAAAACCGUCCCGAGCAGCGACACUGGCAGCGUGAAGUCGGUCCAUAAAGAGCGGCGGCGUUCCGUAGACGCUAGAAACACACUUAACGAGCUCCUGAAACAUCUUAACGAGGCUAACGAGGCUGAGACAAUAAACGCCAACCCUAAAGCCAUCAUGGCCGACACGCCACGCCCUCGCCCGCACCUGAUGCUCGAGCCCAUGGGGAACUUAGCAGAAAUCCCACCCAAAGUUCCAAGUCGGGAAGCGUCACUUUAUUCCCCGACAUCCUAUUCCCCGCCCUCAUCCUACUCGGCUUCGUCCUAUUCGCCGUCGUCCUCGUUACCCAGACACAGUCCCACCAAACGCGUGGACGUCCCGUCCGUGCCCACGUCACCCACCGGACAAAUGGGGACCCUCGAUAGGCAGCGUUUCCAGCGCGUCGGCUCCGCCCACCGCCAUGCCGGAUCAUCCGGCGCUGUGGUGGUGCGUCACUCCAGUUUCAACCGAGGUGCGCUGGCUCCGCCCACACCGCCCUCCAGGAUGGACUCGCAGGGCAUCUCGAGGCAACACAGCUACAGCGGAUACGGAUCACUUCCUCGGACUUCUGUUAAACGAACGGCGUCGUUAAAGCCGGACGUUCCGCCCAAACCCGGAGGAUUCGUACCGCAAACGAGGCCCGUAAACAAAUACAGCUACUGAGCCGAGGACCAAUCACGCACUCCGGAGAACGCAGGCCAACGAUAAAAAGCUGUUUUGGCUCAGAUGAGGACAGUAAAAGAAACAUGGCUACUGAACGGAGUGGGAAUUAAACGUAGUGAAGGCAGGAAUACGGCCAGUUACUCCAUAAACGAGUGAAAUGACGGGAUUUAACGAGGGCGGGGUUUGAGGAACUGUUCCAGGAGACACGGCGAGCGCAGGAAGUAUGACAGAAACGUCUCCACGUGAAGCUGAUCCUCUGCGAGACCGAGCGAGAAAUGAAACUCUGCCGAGACGAACGGAUCCGUGGGAUGUUUACGUCACAAACGAGGGAAGUUUAAAUGCCUAUAAAUCAGAAACAAAACGGUGGAACAUUGAAAGAGCCAAUGAGCAAAAACGUUGACCUGCGAGGCGGCAGGGACGUCUGAGGUCAAAGGUUAAAGGUCAUGUGGGAUUAACCUGUUGCAGGAAUACUUGAAAUAUGUUUCUUGUUAACCAGCAUCGAUUAAAAAUAAAUACGUAGGACUGAGGAAAAGCUGUGCAUUCGACUGGAGGAAUGAUGCGAGGUGGUGACGUGUGUCAUGGCGACGGGAAACGUUACGAAUUUACGUAGUUACAACGUUCCACAAACGCUCCGAGGAUGCACUUACAGCUGGCUUCUCUCCAGCUCCGGUUAUUACUGUCCUAAAACUAAACCGUUAACAUUACUGUGUGUGUGUGUGUGUGUGUGUGUGUUUCUGUGUGUGUGUGUGUUUCUGUGUGUGUGUGUGUGUGUGUGUGUCCAUGUGCCUGCUCUGAACUUUUUGUUUUAUUUUUUUAAACUCACUGGGAAACAUUUCAAUAAUUUGCUGCUACUGAGUUUAGACGAACAAUGGUAUUGUGUGUGUGUGUGCAUGUGUGUGUGUGUGUGUUUCUGUGUGUGUGUGUGUGUGUGUGUGUGUGCAUGUGUGUGUUCAGCCACUGAACAGCAGUUUAUUAUUUCAUUAUUCAAUCUGAGAAACACACUGAGGUCGAAUUUUUCAUUUAUAAAACUCCUGAAUUUCAGUAAUUUAAAUAAUCGUAGUCGAUCUGCGAGACGUCUGUAGUUUUGCACUGGAGCUACGAGGCUAAUGUAGCUAACACGUAGUGGAAGCUUAUAGCUACCACUUUAGCAUUGUGCUAAAUAACUGCAUGUCUAAAAUGUCUAAAACACACUCCGUGUUCUAAUGAGCUGUUAUAUUAACCUCCAGAUUUCCACCCAGACUCGGCCGUUACAGAAUCUGAAUGAAUUUGCGCUUGUAAUCACUGUAACAGCUACCGCUGUGUCCUAGCAACCAGUCAUGCCGGUAAUGACGACGACUGUAAAUAUAUAAAUAUAUAAAUACGGACAUUUCAGAGGCAAGUGUGUGUUCUGUGCCUUACCGAGAAACACUCGCUGUGGAUUUUCAUUUCCUUAAAAUCAUUGCACAUUUAAUCAUGAGAAGAAUGAAAGGAAAAGAGAAAAACAAGAACGAUGACAAUAAUAAUAAUAAUAAUAAUAAUAAUAAAGAAUAAUUUUGCCUGCAGAAUGUAUUGCAUUUAAUGUCGAGAAUCGCCUUCACUCCGCUGUUUACGACUCGAUGCCCAGAGACGACUUUAUUCUGUUUAAUUCUCUUAAAAAUAACAAGUUGUUUCUUGUGUUUAAGAUGCGUACGGCUGAAACGCUAGCUAUAGCAUUACCAUUAGCCUGUUAGCGGGGGGUUUAAUCCACAGCCAGGCGACGGAGAGGAAACAUUAGCGGAGCAUUGAUUGUUUUUCUUAUGCUGCAGUUUCACUGAUUUGUUAUUAAAAUGUUUUUGAACAUGCUGCUCAGUGAUUCAUCUCUAAAUCUAAUCACACGUUCAGAUUAUUAUAUAACUUAUAUUUAUGCAAUUAAACGUCACAUGGAGGAAAACCGGAGUGGUUGUGGAAUAAACCCCACAGAAACCAUGUUAGCUAGCUAGUGCUAAUCCUGCAGCUACGUGAGAAGUUUCGCUUUAGCGCAUCCACACGGCUGACGUUCAGCUUCGUGAUGUCGAGAUAACGGUACAAAAAAACAAUCAUCAAUACCUUGGAUUUAAAUACAAGAUUAAAUAAAAAUAAAUUUUUGCAAUUAAAGUUAUUAACUAAAAUCGUAUUGCUGUAAUUAACUUGGGAAGAAAAAAGAAAGAAAAAUCCAUCGUUGUUGUUGUUUUGCAUGUGUGUCUCUUUACAAAGGUGUUUAGGUCUGAUUUGUUUACAUUUGAUUAGACGUGUGCCGAUCAUCACCUGAACGUUAAUCUGAUAUAAUCGCCGUAUUACCGUGUGUUCAGAAGCUUUCAGAAGACGUGUGUCCUGAUGUUCAGGGGCACAGACGCUAAAAUAAGCUCCGCCCCCACGGCGAUAUCGUGUGUGUGUCUGAUUUUCGGCCACGCCUCCACCUGGUGAUGUACGCGCUGUAGCUGUAUUCGCAUUCUAAACGUUCACACCGCAGUCACGUCCGUGCACAACAACAAACGCAACUCGUUUUAUUUUAAACGCUAAGACUGUGCGGAAACUGGCUGUUUGUUUGUUUUAUGUUUUUUUUUUUUUUUUUGUUCCUCCAGAGUAUUUUAACGUGUAGGUCUGUUGCGAAACCUGUACUGUGAAACUGUAAAUAAUUCCGUCACUGUUAACGAUAUUUUUGUUGAUUUUUUUAACACAGCAUGUAUAGUUGAAAUAAAAUAUUACUACACUGAGA